GCUCGGGCUCUGGGCUGCACUUGCACUGCACUUCAUGCGAUCGUCUCAAGUUGUCUAUACCCAGCUGUUCUAAUGCAACACCAGUGCAUAGGCUAUCGUCGGCGGCACGGAUGGCCGCGGCCGGGUACAUACAGCAAGCAGCUCAAGUGACCCCACCUCGGGAUGUCCACGAACAGUCGGCUUUUGUUUCAUGCCUUAACACAUGCGCCCAUCUGUGCUAAGGUCACAGGUAUCCGUGCAGGCCGUUGUUCUUCACCCUCGGACGGCGAAGGUUGUUCAGCACACUGUUGUGUCGAGCCAAUUCUCUCUCAGGCUUUGCGCAUUCAAGUCCUCUAUACACCCAGGCGGGACAUUUGGGGGGAAGUCGCUAGCAACUAUGGCCUCCAAGACCCCAUCUAUUCCGAGACAGUCAGCAAGUGUGGUCGUUGUCAACCCUCAGAACGAGGUGCUCCUCGUCCAGCGUAAUCCGAAGUCGUUGUCGUUUGCGGGCGCACAUGUCUUCCCAGGUGGAAACUUUGACCAGAAGCAAGACGACUCGAUUGGGACGACGGCAAUCAGAGAGGUGUUCGAGGAAACAGGGCUGCUGCUGGCGUCCAGAGUAUCGGGAUCUGGUGGUGGGCCCUCGCAUGCAGAGAUGGACAACGCACGAGAAGAGAUCCACUCGCAGAGACGGCUGUUCAAGGACUUCUUGUCUCAGCAUGGUCUCGAGAUAGAGCUGUCUGCGCUUUGGCUGUUCACACAGUGGAUCACCCCGCCUCACAUAGCAAGACGAUUCCACACUCAGUUCUACGUGACGUUCCUCGAGGGUGCACCAGCCGGCGGCUUCACCUCCGGAGGAAAGCAGGAACGUCUUCCGACGCCAGACGGCGGACAGGAGGUCAUCGCCGCGCGUUUCGUCCACCCUCAGACAGCGCUCGCAGAAGCCCGCGCGAACAACAUCGUCCUCAUGCCUCCGCAGGUCUACCUACUUUCCACGCUAGCGGACGUCCUCACUGGGAACAAGAACACGGAGGCGCAACGGGAACGUAUCCGUGCCCUGUCACAGGGGGUGUUCGGGCAGAUGGUCGUGCAGCCGCGUGCCCUGCCGCAGCGAGACGAACAAGGUCGGACAGUUCUCACCUACCAGGGGGACGAGGCGAGGGGCGGGGCGAAGGGUCGCCUUCACCGCUGUGUGUGUAAGUUUCAGAAAGACGGGGUUGCUAUUGAUGUGGUGCUUCAGCGCAACUUCGAUGUAUUCACGGAACUGGAGAGCGUGUUGUCGUCUACUACUCCUAAGUUAUAACCUGCUUGACGACGUUGUACUCGUACAUUUGCUAUUGGAUACUGUUCGGGAUUAUAGCCGAAUGUUGAAUAUCCCCGUAGCAGAUUGCAUCUGACCUUGGUGGGUCAAGCCC